AUGUGUGCGUCUCCGCUACGAGUUGCCGUGGUGUGCCGGAGUAACCAGAACCGCAGCAUGGAGGCUCACAACCUCCUCAGGAAACGAGGAUUCUGCGUCAGAUCUUUUGGAACAGGAAGUCGCGUGCACCUGCCAGGCCCAAGACCAGACACGCCGAAUGUUUAUGAUUUCACAACAACAUAUGAUCAGAUGUACAAAGAUCUUCUUAAGAAAGACAGGAAACUCUACACAAGCAAUGGUAUUUUGCACAUGUUGGACAGAAAUAAGAGAAUAAAGCCACGGCCAGAAAGAUUCCAGAAUUGUAAAGACUUGUUUGAUCUCAUCUUUACCUGUGAAGAGAGAGUAUAUGACCAGGUAGUAGAAGAGUUAAAUUCCCGAGAUCAGGUGACCUUCCAGCCGGUCCACGUGAUUAAUGUGGACAUUCUGGACAAUGCAGAAGAAGCUACUCUGGGAGCCUUUCUCAUUUGUGACAUCUGUUUGUGCAUCCGGCAGACAGAAGACAUGGAUAAUGAUAUCAGUGAACUGUUACGGGAAUUUGAGGAGCGAAGCAAUAAGACUUUCCUGCACACGGUCUGCUUUUACUGA